UCAAUCAAAUAAACCUGUUUCGCUUCCUCAACGAAGCGCCCCUCUUCAAUAUGCCAUGCUCUCUCUUUGUUUCUGCGGUCCCGAAUUUGGUGGUUCUCGGUUUUCUAUUCCUGAACUGGUUUUUCGUAGAUCUCACGCUGCUGCAGCAUAAGCCUUCUCGUGUUCCAGCUAUUGCUAGUGUAGUUACUGAGGAAAACACAACACAAUUCAAUGUUCUUGACUUUGGAGCAGUCGGCGACGGCAUAACAGAUGAUUCCCAGGCUUUCUUAAGUGCAUGGAAUGCAACUUGUGGGACAACCACAGGCCUUUCAACAUUCAUCGUUCCGAGUGACAAAAUAUUUCUUCUUAAACCCCUAACAUUCAAGGGCCCAUGCAAUUCCAGCUACGUCGACGUCCAGAUUGCUGGGACUCUUAUACCACCUGACACUCCAAGCACAUGGAAGGGCAUAGAUGCCUCUCUGUGGCUUCAGUUUGCUUCUGUGGAUGGACUCACUUUGAGUGGUUCAGGUCGCUUAAAUGGCCGCGGAUAUAAUUGGUGGCAGCAAUCUUGCAGAAUAAAUCAUACAGAGGGGUGCACCAAAUUAGCUCCGACGGCUAUAAGAUUCGUCAGGUGUACAGACGUGGUCGUCAGCAAUCUAAAUCUCGCAGAUAGUCCGCAGACGCAUGUGUUGAUUCAUGGCAGCCGAAGAGUUACCGUGACAAACCUCAAGAUUACAGCCCCAGCUCACAGUCCAAACACGGACGGCAUUCACAUCCAAUCCUCUCAGCAUGUCGCGAUUCAGAACACAAUUAUAGGGACAGGUGAUGAUUGUAUAUCCGUCGGAGAUAACACUUACAAUAUUGUGAUCCAAGGGAUUGCGUGCGGGCCAGGCCAUGGUAUAAGUGUUGGGAGCUUAGGAAGGGGAGGGUCUAAUGUUUCCGUUGAAGAAAUUCACGUUUCCUUCGCCAAGUUAUUCAACACGACAAAUGGUGUAAGGAUCAAAACAUGGCAGGGAGGAACUGGAUACGCAAAGUCUAUAUCAUUUGAUCGUAUUAACUUCAACAAUGUGCAGAACCCGAUCAUCAUCGAUCAAUAUUACUGCGAUGUUCGCCACAGAUGCGCUAACCAGACCAAUGCAGUGCAAAUAAGCAAUGUAACAUACUCAUACCUCUCCGGGACUUCGAAGACCGAUGUUGCGAUAAGCCUCAACUGCAGUCAAAGCGUCGCCUGCACCGGAAUGCACUUCAAGAAUGUAAACAUUACCGCGGCGUCAUCGGGAAGAGAUGUGCAGUCCUUCUGCAUUAAUGCUCAUGGAGACAGCAAAGGAGAUGUCCACCCAGAUAUGGCAUGUCUCAGCAUGUGAAAUAUUAUCAAUGUAAAUAAUCCUCUUGUUAUCGGAUAUUUGAAUUUGCGACUCAUUCAUUUAUUUCAAAGUUAGCUCGUGGCUUACG